UUGAUUUUCGAGGCGGGAAGUGGCAUUGUAGUUUUGCCGUAGUGUUUGAGAGAGGUAGGUCGUGUACGGAAGGUGCAGCACCAAUGUCUGCUCUAUUAUUAUCCGAACUCUCUUAUUUGGAGGAAAGAAUAGACAGAUGUUUGGGAAUGGUGGAAAUUUUAGAUGGUGUCAAUGAUAAUGUGGUAAAACGUUGUGGUGUUUUGAGCUCUGAACUAAAUUUAUGUCAGAAAUAUGUGGAAGAACUACAUACACUUCUGUUUAAGUACUCAUCAGAAAUGGAGAAAACCGAGAAACUUCAGAUUGAUUUUUGCACUCUUGAUGAAUUUGUAGACAAUGUCAGUAAUAACAUACCUCCAAUUUUUAAGCGCGAGCCAGUACCUAGUCAGUCAAAAACUGCAGUACCUAAUCAGUCAAAUGCAGUAUCUUCAAAGGGGCCAAAAAAACCACAGCAGCUUGUUCCCAGAAUCAACCUUGUACAAUUUGAUGAGUUUAAAGAGACACCAACGUACCUGAGAGGGCGCAUGAAGUAUGACGAUCUCAAUGAUAUUGUUCAGGAGUUUAACCAGAUUAUUGCAAAAAAAUAUAGCAUAGUCACGCAACAGCUGAAGACACUAAAGAGAUCUGAGCAAGAGCUCUGGAGGAAGUAUAAAUUAGAAGAAGUGAAUGAAGUUAAAGGGUCAUAUUUUAUUACUGAUGAUGACUUGAAAAAGAAUGUUGCUCAAAACAAACUGAUUUACGUGACAAAGUACGCAAUACCUCUCCUUAGACAUGUUAAGAAGGUAUCUGAGGUUCGUUUGAAGGGAGUAACUUACUAUACAUUUUAAUUUGUCUGGAAGUUGUGUGUUUAUACAUGAUCAAAAAUAACAUUUUGUUAAUAUUUGGACUUAAUUUUAUUUAUCACCAUUUGUCAAAGGAUAAAAAAAAAAACUAAAUUGUCAAGCAAUAAAUGCCUGUCCUUUAAGUUGACAAUAAUUACAAUGGAGAGUAUUUUCAGUGCAGUCUUGAAUUGUGUUUUGUUGCUUAUUGAUAAUAUUAAGCACGAAACAAAAAGAUGACUUGUUUAUAAUUUGGCAUUCUGAAGAGUUUUCAGUGUCAGACUUUUAACAUCUUGUUUUACUAUAUCACUCACUGGGUUCAAAAAUUUAGGCAAAUACCAAUAUACUAACAAACUUGUGUUUUCAUAGAGUAGAAAGAGUAAAAAAAACAAACUAUUUCCUUCGUUUGUUUUACAUUUUGAAGCAAUGGUCACUAUGCUCAUGAAAUUUAACCUUCCUUAUUUUUCCUUAAGACAAUUUACUUGGAAACUAAGCAAGGUAACACAUGAAAAAUAUAAUUAUUUAACUGGCUUAAACAUUAGGUGAUAGCCUUCACCCUGGAAUGACACAGCUAGUAAUUUCUUUGGUAUCAUUACAUUGACCAUAAAACUUAUGUCCUCUGUUUAAAAGUAUAUUAACAUUUAGAUAGCUUCUUCUUCAAGUAAUUCAUGAUCACAACUAUGAUGUGGUGUACAAACAAAGAA